AUAAAAAAUAUAUAUUUAAUUAUCGAAAUCUUUAUCGAAUCACAUAUGCUAGUCGAUAAUUUGGCAAUUUGUCAUUACAGUUUUACCUAUCUGAAAAUUUAAGCGAACUUAAAUAUGGCAAGCACUCCAGCGACCUCCAGCAGCGCCGGUCCAGUUCUCCGUGGGCUUCACAACGCCACAAUCAAGCGCAAUCUGGCUGUGGCUCUUGGGCUAACAGCUGUUAUAACAGUCGCCUUUAAAGUUCUCGUCAAUGAUCCCAAGAAGGCAGCGUAUGCCGAGUUCUACCAGAAGUAUGACGCUAACAAAUCCUUUGAACGCAUGAAGGCCGCAGGGCGUUUCCAGUCCUGCUAAGCGAACUGGUUAGCUGAGUAGCUUGUCUUAUACAUAUUAUAAGAUAUAAAAGUGUGUACUGAGAGUUAAAUAGAUCAACUUAAAUGUGAA